CACAUCCGCAACCAUGAAGAAUAUUGCCGGUAUCCGUAUCUGACUGCCCGAAGCCCCCCAGUCAAUCUCAGAUUGCACCAUUGGCUCAAGUGAUGGCGUCGAUAAGACAUUUCUCGCCUCGCAAAGGGAGGUGAUGAAAAGAUCUAGGCAAGUCUAGUAGAUCUUUGCAAGAUCUUAGCCAGGUUUAUUUUGGCACCCUGGUUUAAUAUCACAAGUUUUCUUGCUCCCUGAGCUCGUAAAUAGAAGACUUCUCUCCGCCAAGACCACGAUCAACACUUAUCAAAUAUCUUCAUCACCAACCAGCUCGGGAGGCGUCAAGAUGAGCACCGACGUUGUUGCUGCUGGUGGAAAGGCAAGCCCGUCAAUGGGCGUGGAGACGAGGAACGACAACAAUGGCGAUCUUGUGACGGCCACCGAGGAGCAAAGCCUCCAGCGAGGUCUGCACGAGAGGCACCUUUCUAUGCUGGGUAUCGCUGGCGCUAUCGGUACAGGUCUCUUUCUCGGUCUGGGCCAGUCUGUUCAGACUGGCGGUCCUCUCGGCGCGCUGCUUGGCUAUGCGACUGUCGGUCUCGUUGUGUGCGCCGUGCAAUUCGCCUUGGGAGAAGUCGCUGCGCUGUUGCCGGUGACAGGAGCUUUUGUGCGACAUGCUGAAUUUCUCGUUGAUCCCGCUUGGGGGUUCGCAAUUGGAUGGAAUCUGGUCUACGGCAACAUUUUGUCGAUCCCUUCAGAAAUCACGGCCAUCUGUGUGUUGUUCGAGUUCUGGACCGAUAUCAAUCCCUCGCUAUGGAUCAUGAUCUUCAUCGUCCUCACCACAGUCGUCGGUCUCUGCUUCGUCCGGGUUUUCGGCGAGGUCGAGUUCUGGUUCGCCCUUCUCAAAAUCCUCUUGGUCGUGUUCCUCAUUAUCCUGGGUUUGGUCAUCAACUUGGGAGGCGUCCCAGGCACAGAACGUAUUGGCUUCAGGUACUGGAAGGACCCAGGACCGUUUGUUGAAUAUAUCGCUUCAGGGAGCUGGGGCCAGUUCCUUGGUUAUUGGUCUGUCAUGACCAGCGCCGUCUUCUCCUUCGCAGGUGUCGAAUCUAUCGCCAUGGCCGCAGCUGAAACGCGGAAUCCUGCGCGCGCGAUCCCCAAGGCUUGCAAGAACGUUUUCAUCCGAAUUCUGGUCUUUUAUAUCUUGGCCAUUCUCAUUGUUGGCAUGCUUGUAAGAAGCGACGACGAGAGACUAAACGACCAGUCCGGAGCCGCAGGUCAAAGCCCCUUCGUUAUCGCAGCCUCCGCGGCCGGCAUCCCUGCAAUCCCUUCAGUCGUCAACGCCGUUGUCAUAACUUCCGCAUGGUCUGCUUCCAAUCAGAGUCUUCUCGCCGGCACCCGUGUUCUCUAUGGUUUAGCCCUCAAGCGACAGGCACCUCAGAUCUUCCUCCGCACGACCGCGUGGGGUGUGCCUUAUGUCUGCGUGCUCUUCUUCACUUGCUUCAUGUUCCUCAGCUUCAUGAGUCUCUCCAACGGAGCUAUGACCGUUUUCUGGUGGCUGGUAGACCUGACAGCGGCAGGAGUUCUGAUCUCCUGGGCGUCAAUCUUGUUGAACCACAUUCGUCUACGCCUUGCGAUGAGAAAGCAAGGAAUUCCCAUCGAAAAACUGCCCUGGCACAACUCUUGGACUUUCUACUCUUCAUGCGCCGGCUUGUUCAUGACGCUGCUCAUCCUCCUGACAGGAGGUUUCCGUGUCUUUACCAGGGGUAACUGGGAUCCCGUUGGCUUUGUGUCAUCUUAUUUGGAUAUCCCUCUCGUUACCGCAGCGUACUUGAUAUGGAAGUUCGUCAAGAAGACAAAGGUCGUGCCUUUAGCAGAGAUACCCCUUCAGGAUGCUUUCAGGAAGUCGGAGGAGGACCACGAAGUGGUGACUGCUUAGUUUAUGGAGCCACAUGGAGAUAGAGAGUAAGCUGAAGUUCUAGAAGCUCCUGAUCUAGAGUCUACUAAAAUCUAUACAAUUGUAUAAACUCUACCAACUUCACCAGAACCUUCUGUCACUUAGGAUAGAAGCCCUGGGGUUUCUUGACUGCACCUGGGGGGUUGAUAUUAGCGUAAAAUCUUGUAUUAGCAAGCGUCGAAGAUAGUAAUGGGCGUAUGAUUGUCAUUCAAUGAUGCUCUUGAAGUUGGGGAGCGUGUCUCUCAACUCUCUUACCCAGCUGGUACCAUUUCAACCUGUCUCGACACCCAUGGUGCGCUUACCUUCACUUCUCCAUCUCCAUUCAUGUUUAUACCCUCGCCGUCUAAUAUGUCUCGAGAUUGCCGCCGCUGACUCCGGCACUGUGGCCGUGGAGAUGAGUUCGUGUCAAGUGUACUGUCUGUGAAAGGGGGCCCAGGUUGUACUUGGAAUGCAUUCCUAUUGAACUACACCCGAGAUUAGUUUUAAAAACAAAUUCACAGCUA